ACACAACAGGAAAACCCUGAAAGGAGGGAUUCUUGGGGAAGCCUGGGUUCUGCCAGAGCCAUUAUCCUGGAAGAGUAGGAGCGUGAACAGCCGGUGACUGGACCAGCAGGACCAGAGCCGAGCCAAGUCCUCACCGGACACCUCCCGGCCCCGCUGCACCGCAGAGCCACGCACCGGGAGGCCGGGUGGAUCCAGGGCUGAGCUCAUCAGUAAGCCUGGGGAUGACCUCCAGACGGCAGGAGCUGAUGUGAGCCAGCAUGACCGCCCCACAUCCUCUUCUCUGUCACACCUUGGUGUCUAUAUCUAACGGGGUGUCCCGCAUAGAGGAAGAUGAGGAUGAAGAUGAGCAGGGAGAGAAGUUUGAGUUUGAUGACGGGAUUGACAUCGGACCCUCACAGAUGAGUUGCGGCUCUCUGAUGAAGAGUGAGUGGACCACAGACACAUCAGGGCUGAACCUUUACGUCCAGACAAACAAAGGCCAAGAGGCAGCAGGGCCGGACAUGACCAGAACCACCAGUACGGUACAGAAGGACCAGAACUCCUCCUUGUUCCGCCAGCACUGCUCAGAUAUGGAGGUCAGGGAGUCACCUGAGGGAUGUUCCACCUCCUCUGAUCUGGGAUCGAUGGAAGAGUCAGAGAGUUCCUGGAAAGCGAGCUGUACUAAUGAAGGAAACCCUUCUGUAAUACCAGAAGGCGGUCAGGACGAGUCCAGCAGUGCAGUAACACAGCAGGACUCUGUUGAGGACGAGCUGUCCUCUUUAGCCAGUCCACAGACUGAUCAUCAACCAGCAGACAGAACAACCAACCAGAGUACAGAGACCUGCAGCCCAGACAACCUGGUCAGAGAGCCAGAGGUGGUCUAUGAUGACGUACCUGCUGAGAACCUACAGCAGCCGGUGAACGAUGUUGAGGACAUCUACGAGGACAUCCAGAGACCUGAUCACCGUGGCUCCAACGGCUGGAGCUCCAGUGAGUUUGAGAGUUAUGAUGAGCUGUCUGACAGUGAGACUGUUCCUCCGGCCCGCAGCAGCAGCAAGCUGCCUGCAGACGUGCUGAGGCUGAAGGAGCGCUGUGCCGUCACCAGGAGGGAGCUGGCGGCGCGUCUGAGUGCGCCGCAUGUUGCCCACAUCCGGCAGAGCUGUGACAACAAGGUGCAGCAGCUGAUGAAAGCAGCGAGGAGCGGCACCAAGGACAGUUUAGAAAAGACAAAGUUAGCCAUGAUUCGCAAAGUGUCCUUCCUGCACAGAAAAGACUCCACAGGUGAGGGAAAGGAUGAUGCAGGUUACCUGGAUGUGUCUGUGUGUGAGUUCAAGCACCCUCCACCACAGCUCUGCCCCAUGCCGGAGGGGCUCAGCAGUCAGCAGGUGGUCAGACGUCUCAUCCUCAGCUCCAUCGUGCAGAGUGAGAGCAGCUACCUGGAGUCUCUCAAGAGGAUCCUCCAGGAGUAUCAGCAGCCUUUGCAAGAGACGCAGAACUGGAUCCUCAGCCCCAGGAAGGUGCGUCAGGUCUUUUACCGUCUGCAGGAGAUCCACCAGUGCCAUUCCAUGUUCCAGAUUGCCCUGGCCUCCCGCGUGGCCGAGUGGGAUCACAGCGAGAGGAUCGGAGACCUGUUUGUCGCCUCGUUUUCAAAGUCCAUGGUGCUGAACGUGUACAGUGACUACAUCAACAACUUCACCAAUGCCAUGGCACUGAUCAAGAAGGCCUGCAUGUCUAAACCUGCGUUCCUGGACUUUCUGAAGAAGAAGCAGGCGUCCAGUCCGGACAGGAUCACUCUGUAUGGCCUGAUGGUCAAACCCAUCCAGCGCUUCCCUCAGUUCAUCCUGCUGCUGCAGGACAUGUUGAAGAACACUCCCGAAUCCCACACUGACCGGCUGCCCCUGCAGCUGGCUCUCACGGAGCUGGAGACUCUGGCUGAGAAACUCAACGAACAGAAGCGUCUGGCUGACCAGGAAGCUGAGAUCCAGCAAUUAGCGCACAGCGUGGGGGACCGCAACCUCAACAAGCUGCUGAACUCGGAGCAGAGGCAGCUGAUUCAGUGUGAGCUGCUGACGGAAAUCGUUUAUGGUGAUAAAGGUCAGAUUCUCAAGUCGAGGGAGCGAAAGGUCUUCCUCCUCAACGACACGCUGAUCUGUGCCAACGUCAACCUGAAGGGUCCCCCUGACAUCAGCAGCCUGGUUCCUGUUGGUCCCAAGUACUCGGUGAAGUGGUGUUGCCCUCUGCUGCAGACUCAGGUGGUGGAGGUGGGACAGGACAGUCUGCAGGGCCAGGACAGCGUCAUCGCAGGCCGACGCCACAGCUCCACCUCCAGCCCCACGGGAAAAGUGUUCCUGGGUCCACCCAGACUGUACCAGGAGCUGGAGGAGCUGCAGCACGACCUGGCCGUGGUGGAGGAGGUGUCUCUGCUGGUGGGCACGCUCAAUGGAACCUACCAGAAUCUGAACACCACGGUGUCUCAGGACUGGUGUCUGGCUCUGCAGAGGCUCAUCCGUCUGAAGGAGGAGGAGAUCCAGAACGCCAACAAGUGUCGCCUGCGUCUGUCUGUACCGGGAAAACCUGACAAGUCCGGUCGUCCGGUGAGCGUCAUGGUGGUCUUCAACACCCCCAGUCCCAUCAGCAAGAUCUCCUGGGUGAACCGGCUGCACCUCGCCAAGAUAGCUCAGAGACAGGAAAACACUCGGGGCUGGGAAGGUGCUGAAGAAGAUGGGAAGACAAAAGCUCCGUUCAAUUGUCCACUGCUGACCUGCACACUUCCUGUCUUCUCUUCAAGGACACACAGCCUGAAGCUGGAGGGGGCCCUUCACAGUCCAUCUCAGUCUAGCCUGCUGGGUUUCUGCUCUGCCAGUACGUCCCUACCACAGGGUUACCUCUGGGUGGCUGGGGGAGGAGGCAGCUCCGGCCACGGCCAAGUAGAGAUCUUCUCCCUGAACCGAGCCUCUCCUCGCCUGGUGAAAACCGUCCCGGUGAGGGCCCCGGUCCUCUGUCUGGAACACGUGAAGGAGCCGUGUCCCAGUGCAGAGGAGAAGAGCCAGACUGCAGCCAAGACAGGAAACAUCAUCUGUGUCGGGCUGCAGGACGGCAGCAUCCAGGUGUACAGCAGCGUGGACACAGCUGUCGAGUGCCUGCUGACCCUGGUGAACCCUGACAGCCAUCCCGUCCUCUGCCUGAAACACUCGCUGUCCUUCCUGUUCGCUGGACUGGCCAGCGGGAACGUCGCCGUGUACCACAGAAGAAGUGGAGAGAGACUGUGGGACGUGGACACAUGCAGGCUGGUGUCUCUGGGCUCGGAGCCGGUCUGCAGUCUGCUGACACUUGAAGACACUGUGUGGGCCAGCUGUGCCAACCAAGUCGCUGUCAUCCAAGGACCCAGCCUCAACAAACAGAGUUUUGAAGCCCACACUGAUCCAGGCUGCAGUGUUAGCCACAUGGUUCGUUCAGGAGGGGGUGUGUGGAUGGCCUUCACCCAGGGCUCGUCCAUCCACCUGUUUCACACAGAGACCUUGGAACCACUGCAGGAAGUCAACAUCUCCACCCGCACCACCCAUCUGACUGCAGGUCAGGUUUGCGUCUCCAGCUUGUUGGCCUGCCAGGGCCUGCUGUGGGUGGGGACCAGUCAAGGCAUCAUCCUCACCUUCCCUAUUCCCACCCUGGAGGGCAUCCCCAAGAUCACAGGUAAAGGGAUGUUGUCUCUGAACGCUCACUGUGGUCAGGUGGACUUCCUGGUGUCGGCCUCCAGCACGCUGGCCUCCAACCUGCUCAGACGGGACUCCAUUCUCAACGGUGGUGAGGAGGGUGCACUGAGAGAGGGAUGGGGAGAGGGAGGUAAAGGUGAUGGAGAUGAAAGAGGGCAGAGGUGUGAGCAGAGCAGCUACCCCCAGGACUCAGAUGCUCCUCCACUGAGGGAGGAGAAACCCAAGCGCCUCCUGCUGCAGUAUCGCCUCCAAUCCACCUGCCAGCUGCCCGGGAAGCUGCUGACAGCUCAGCCUGAACAGGGGAACCUGAGGCCCCCCCUAGACUCCCUGGAGCACAGCCCAGAGGACGGCUCCAUCUAUGAAGUGAGCGAGGACCCUGACGUGUGGGUGAGGGGGCGGCCCAUGGAGUGGGGGAAGGAGGGGGAGGCCCGGCGCAGCAAAGUUACCUCAACAGCCAUCUUCUCUGGGGGAAGAGGCCACCGCAGGAUAGGACAGGCGGCCUCAGCAGAGACCGAUAACACACUGCUGGUGUGGCAGCUCCCUCUAACUCUCAGCCAAUGACAGACCAGCAUGUCACCUGACUCAGUUCUACUUUGUGGACUCCCAACACCAGCGUACUUCUAAACAUGUCAGCUAGACUCCACACCUGCUCUGAGGUAAUAGUUGCAGAGGACACACCCACUUUUGAUCUUCAUGUUUCUCUGGUUUCCUCUCCAUGUCAGUGGUUUGGUCCUGAUAGGUGAAUGCCACCAGCUAACAUUACCAGACAGGUGAACCACUAAGUAACGUUACCGGACAGGUGGACCACUAGGUAACGUUACCGGUGCACCACUAGCUAACGUUACCGGACAGGUGAACCACUAGCUAACGUUACCGGACAGGUGAACCACUAGCUAACGUUACCAUACAUCAUACCUGAAUUUAUAUCUUUUCUAUGUUCUAUAGACAAAUUAAAAUUAAAAAUUUCCAACAAAUUUAACAUCAGCUUGAAAGCAAAUGAACAAAAGUUUUUUUUUAUUGUAAAUAAAUUCAGGCGUCAAGGAGUUAAAGGUUCAGGAGGUGUAUUUUGGACAGAGCAGCUGUCUCUCCCCGCUUCCGUUUUUUAUGCUACGCUAGGCUAACAACAACUAACGUGGGCUGCUUCAGUAAAUCUGCCUCUGAGUCUUCAGCUCCUGUGACUGAGGAUGUGAGGUGUUGCUGUCGAAACUGUUACGAGUGCCUGCAGCAGUGACCUGGGAUCUGUGACCACUUCUAUCCAAAUUAGCACUUUUGCAUCAACGAACAAACAUUUCAGAGUCGGACCAACAAACUCUUUAAAUGUCAAAAUAACAGAAUGAUCUGAGAACCAAUUAAUAUUCUGAUUAACUGUCAUUGCCGUAUUGAUGUGCAUGUAAAUAUUUACGCACCUUAACUCUUCACAUAAUCGUGUGCUUCAUGAUUGAUGAUGUAAUAUAAAGUGAUAAUAAAUAUAAAGCGAUAAUGGUACGGACGGUGAUGUUUGAAAGGCUUUUCUGUUCUGUCAUUUUAAAGAUGUGUAACAUUAUGAUUUAAAAUAUGAAGUAGUAAACAUACCUGAAGCUCUCUCAGUCCAAAUGUGUUUCUUCUGUGAUGUGAAGAAAUGAGACAAGGUGAAUACUGUGUGUACACAAAAUGUUUGUAUUAUGUAUUUAUCUUGUGAUCAAAUUCCGUAAUAUUGUCGUUUUUUCUCAAGCUAUUACUACAUUGUCAAUGUAUAUGGUACAUUUUCUUCACAGUUUUUUGUGUAAAAUAUUUGUUGCUCCCAGUGUACUCAACGCUCCUAUUGGACGGGUUGUGAAACUACAGCUUCAGGUUCAUUCUUCAGGUAACACAGGUGAAACCUUCAUGGCAGGAAUGUCGCAGCCAUGUUGAAUGCAGCUGGUCUUGGUGGUACAUUUUAUGCCACCACUAUUAAAUAAAGUUAAAUUAAAGAUAUUGAAA